AUGAAUAAGAAACAUCUCGAGGACGUCGCAUUGACCAUUUUCUCAAAUACAACGCAAAAGUUCCCGGACAGCCAGUGGGAUCGACCAGAAGAAUGGUAUGCUAGCUUUUCUGGCCAAAAUAUGAGAUGGGAAUUGAUUGGGCUGCUCUUCAGCAGCUGGGCACUGAGCGCGCUGCAAAACAAAGAAGAUAUCGAUGGAUAUAGGCCAAGGGUUCUUGCUCUCAAGUUCUUUGGCAUUAUGGAGAGCUGUAUCACAUUCUGCCAGGAUAUCAAAGCCAACAAUGUGUUGUUCCUAUAUCUUUUAUACCGCACAACCAUUGUUUCAUCAAUUUUACAUGGACCCAAUGAUCCCGGCUUUUGGCCGCUUCACUCAGAAACCGUCUCAUUAGCUCGUUCCAUGUGUUUGAGCACCAUGUCCGAUGCAUCAAUACAAGAUCCUCGCAUCUUGAAGCAGUCUGAACGCCGUCUCUUCACGGCCAUCUAUAUCUUGGAUAAGACUGCUGCUACUCUUUCUGGCAAACUGCCCCUGCUACCAUCGGACCAUUGCUCUACGGCAUUGCCUCUGGAUAUCUGCAAUACCAUUCUCUUAUGCUGGAGAACUAGCCAAGGUGUAAAUCUUGCGUCAUUGGGCGUUAAUGAUGAGGGAUGGAAUGUUGAUGGCAAAAUAUAUUCCACAACGACCCUUCGAGCCAGAGGAUUGAUCGCGCAUAUCCGAGAACAAAUUUUGGAUCUUGCCUUGAACAGAAGGGCCAGAGAUCUACGAGACUUGAUCGACUUUUCUCCCGACGAAUGA